AGCCCCCUCCAUCCUCCCUGCUGAAUGUUCAAUAGAGAGAGAGAGAGAGAGAGAGAGAGAGAGAGAGGUCUGAACAUUCAUCUGUCUUAUAAGCAAAGACCUAAUAGUAAUGCAGUAUGUCUCGGUGGCUCAGUUCAGUCUUGGAAGAAAAGCAACCAUGUGGAAGGAGAAGCACUGAAGACAAUGAACCUCAUAUCUAACCUCACAAAAUCCUAAGAAUUUUAGCUCUCUCUCUCUCUCUCUCAUACAGAACAGACGUUUGCUGAAUGAAGUUUCACUUUGACUUCCCCAACUUGCCUCCUUAUGCAUCCUAUCCAUUGAAACUCCUGGAUCUUGUAAGUUGAGCUGCGGAUAUUGUGCUUUUGCUUCAAUCUUUUUAUUCUAUCCAAGUUGAUCAGCUGCUCAACAUUCUAAAGCAUCUGACCUCACCUUCAAAGGCAGCUUUUCUCGUUUCUCUUUGAUCUUUGUUGUUGGUUUUCUCCAAGGAAAUUAUGCAACCAGAUAUUUCUACCAACCACUGCUUAUAUAUCUUUCAUGGGUCUGCCAGUGCAUAAUCUUCCUUCCUUUUCCUCUUGGGCCUUUCUUCUUCUGCAAUAUCCACUUUGUGUUUAACCUCUCUGCGCACAGUGUUGCGUUCUGUACAUUCAUGGAGAUGUCUAGCUUGUUCCUUCUACUAUGCCUUUCCUGGAGUUUCUUUAUCAUGGAUAGCCAUCAAUUACAGUCCUCACAAACUCAGGUACUUCUUCAGCUUAGGAAACAUCUAGAAUUCCCAAAGCAGCUGGAUAUUUGGUACAAUAGGAGCAUAGAUUUUUGCUAUUUCCCUUCUCCACAAGUAAACAUUACAUGCCAGGACAAUCUUGUCACUGAGCUCAGGAUUUUGGGUGACAAGACAAAAAAGGUGUCCAAGUUUGAUGGGUUCGCAAUUCCUAAUCAAACUUUGUCAGAGAGCUUCUCCAUGGAUUCUUUUGUAGCUACAUUGGCAAGGCUAAACAGCUUGACAGUUCUUAGUUUGGUGUCUUUGGGCAUUUGGGGUCCACUUCCUGACAAGAUCCAUAGGUUAUAUUCACUGGAGUACUUGGAUUUGAGUUCAAAUUUUCUAUUUGGCUCCAUUCCUCCUCAGGUUUCCAGAAUGGUCAAGCUUAAAACUCUUACACUGGAUGGCAAUUUCAUCAAUGGUACCUUCCCUGAUUGGUUUCAUUCCUUACCAAAUCUAACCAAUUUAAGCUUAAGAGACAACCAUUUGAGCGGCUCAUUACCAUCAUCAGUUCAGAGAAUCGCCACUCUGAGUGUUCUUGCUUUGUCAAACAACGCGAUAUCCGGUAAAUUACCCAACCUAAGUAGCUUAACUAGGCUCCAUGUUCUGGAUUUAAGUGAUAACAAAUUAGGUUCAGAACUGCCUGCCAUGCCCAAAGGUUUGUCCGUGGUUGUCCUCCAAAACAAUUCUUUCUCCGGCUUGAUCCCGCAUCAGUAUGACAGAAUGGUUCAGCUUCAUCACCUCGACCUGUCAUCCAAUUCUCUGAAAGGAACACCUCCUCCUACACUCUUCUCCUUGCCCAAUAUCAGUUAUCUAAAUUUGGCAUCAAAUAUGUUGAGUGGAUCACUUCCCAUCCAUUUGAAUUGUGGCAGUCAACUUCAGUUUGUUGACAUUUCCAAUAACAGGCUAAGCGGCUUUUUGCCUUCCUGUUUGAACAAUGCAUCAGAUAAGAGAGUUGUUCAAUAUGACGGGAAUUGUAUGUCAAGUGGUUUAAGACAUCAGCGUCCUGAAUCAUUUUGUGUAGAAAUGCAAAUCAAGAAGAAAGAAUCCAGAGUGAAGGAUGUGGGCUUAUUGGUGGGUGUCAUUGGAGGAAUUUUUGUGGUUGUGGUGCUCUUGUUUGUUUGCAGACAAUAUUGUCCUCGAGGAACAUCAGAUCAACAGUUACUGCGUAAGGCAGUGCACGACAACUCUGCCACAGGGUUCUCUUCGGAUAUCCUGACAAAUGCAAGGUUCAUUUCUCAAUCAGCAAAGAUGGGGAUGGAAGGUUUGCCAAUGUAUCGGCUGUUUUCUUCAGAAGAAUUAGCAGAAGCCACAAAAAACUUUGAUAAGUCUACCUUAAUCGGAGAAGGUUCAUAUGGAAAGCUUUACAGGGGCAGGCUAGAGAAUGGGAACCAAGUAGCUAUUAGAUGCCUGACUGUUUCAAAAAAAUACAUUAUCCGGAAUCUUAAACUCAGGCUGGACUUACUUGCAAAGCUUCGACACCCGUAUCUGGUUUGCCUCUUGGGACAUUGCAUCGAUGCUGGUGGCCGAGAAGAAUCUAAUGCAAACAGAGUCUAUCUUAUAUAUGAAUAUGUCGCCAAUGGGAACUAUCGUUCGUAUCUAUCAGAAAAUGACCCGGAAAAGGCUCUGAAAUGGGCAGACCGACUGGCAGUUUUAAUCAGAGUUGCCAAGGCUGUGCACUUCCUGCACACUGGAAUAAUUCCCGGUUUCUUCAGCAACCGAUUGAAAGCAAACAACAUACUGCUGAACGAGCACCGGAUGGCAAAGCUGAGCGACUAUGGCCUGUCAAUUGUGGCAGACGAAAUUGACAAAUCUGAGGCAAAUGGGGAUAGUCUUAAAACAUGGCAAAUGAAAUCACUAGAGGACGAUGUUUAUAGCUUCGGAUUCAUAUUGCUGGAGUCAAUUGUAGGGCCAACUAUAGCUGCAAGGAGAGAGGCAUUUCUGAUAAAUCAAAUGGCUUCGUUUGGCAGCCCGGAUGGCCAGAGGCGAAUAGCGGAUCCGUUUGUUCUUGCCACCUGCUCGCAAGAAUCGUUGUCGAUUGUUAUCUCCGUAACAAACAAAUGCAUUUGCCCCGAUUCAUCCACUAGGCCAUCUUUCGAGGAUGUGAUUUGGAACUUGCAGUAUGCAGCUCAAGUGCAGGCAACUGCAGAUGGUGGCCAAAGAUCUGAGACACUGUUAUAUUGUUAAAUCGUUUCUGCUUCAACAUCCUCACUAAGUUGCUCGAAGCACCCAAAUCAUUUGUACUGUAAACACACAGAAAAUACCUCAACCUUUUGUAGCUUUUAUGUGUUACUGGGAAAUGGUUUAGCUAAGAUAACCAUAUAUCAUUUGUACUGUUAGAAUGCUACUAUAUCACAUGCGUCAUUUUCCAAAUAGAAGCAGUUUCCCUA